GGUUGUUGCUAAUGCUAAUGGAUCCGGAAAGGUAAAGCAGCACUCCGAAGAUGGCCGGGGUGUUUGAGGUGGAAGUUGAUGGUGUAGAGCACGACCAUGGGCUGGAGCAUCACGAUGAACCCCACCAGGUGGAUCUGUCCAAGCUUUCACCAGAGGAGAGGUCGAGGGUGGAGCAUGCAAGAAUGCAUGCGAUACACAAAGGCCAUGAGGCCAUGCACGCAGAAAUGGUACUGAUCCUCAUAGUCACCCUUGUCGUGGCCCAGCUAGUCCUGGUGCAGUGGAAACAGAGACAUCCAAAGUCAUACAAUCUGGUGACUCUGUUCCAGAUGUGGGUAGUUCCUCUCUACUUUACUACCAAACUUCACUGGUGGAGGUUCCUGAGCACGUGGUUUAUCUUCUCUGUCAUCACAGCCUACAUCUCCUUCCGUGCCACCCGCAAGCCGCUGGCCUGCACCACACCAAGGCUGGUGUAUAAGUGGUUCCUCCUCCUCUACAAGAUCAGCUACGCCACAGGAAUAGUUGGCUACAGUGUCGUCAUGUUUACACUUUUUGGUAUAAACCUAAUAUUCAGGAUAAAGCCAGAGGAUGCAAUGGACUUUGGCGUUUCACUACUGUUCUACGGCCUGUACUACGGGGUCUUGGGAAGGGAUUUUGCAGAAAUGUGUGCAGACUUCAUGGCUUCAACGGUUGGGUAUUACAGUGCGUCCGGCAUGCCCACAAAGCAUCUCUCUGACACUAUCUGUGCUGUGUGCGGUCAGCCCAUCCUUGUAGACGUUAGUGAGGAGGGGAUCAUCGAAAACACGUACAGAUUGUCCUGCAACCAUGUGUUCCAUGAGUUCUGCAUAAGAGGAUGGUGCAUCGUGGGAAAGAAGCAGAUGUGCCCCUACUGCAAAGAGAAGGUGGAUCUGAAGAGGAUGUUCAGUAACCCCUGGGAGAGACCACAUGUCAUGUAUGGACAACUUUUAGACUGGCUUCGGUACUUGGUGGCCUGGCAGCCUGUUAUUAUUGGAUUUGUGCAAGGCAUCAACUAUGUCCUGGGUCUAGAAUGACCUGCGACUGACAGAAACGGACACACACGCCAUACAGAAGAUGUGCACUGGCUCAAAAGACUGAGGGCCUAACAUUGAACUAAAAUACCAAUAAAAUGUGUCUAUACUUUUUUUGUAUAUAUUUAUAGCCACAUAUCUGUAUUUACAGUUCAUUUGAAUUUUAUUGAUAAUCUGUCAAUUUCCCAGGAUUUGCGUCACAAAGCGUCACACCUUGAUCAUUGGUUUGUGCAUCUUUUGACCUAGUAAAACUGUUCUAAAAAUCAUUAGAGAGGUGCUUUUUACUAAUUUAUGUCUUAAGUGUUUGUUAAUUCUUAAUUAAAGGAUCAUCUUGGAGUUUUUUUAAGUAAAGACCGAAUGGAAGUCAACGUAAGAAAUCACUCCCUGUGCCUCGAAAGUACAUGUACACAGUAUCGACACUUCCCCUGGAGUGAAGUCGCCACUGUGUCUAGUAUGUAAUGACUCAUGUAGCUGUUUGACAUAGAUUUCACAGUUUGAAUUGGAGUGACUUUAGUGAGGGUUUCCAGUCAUGCGUCAUGUGACGAGAGGCGUCGCCAUCAUGGGGAAAAAGUGGUAAUCCUGUUUAAACGGAGGAUUCCUCAUACAGUAGUUGAGCAGAUAAAACCGGAUGUUACAGGAUUCCAAAAUGUCUUCAUGCACACUCAUCCAUACCAACGGGCCAAACAUAAAGCCAUGUCUCACUUCACUACGUUUGUAUGAUUUUAACCCAUUGAGGCCUGAAAAACCGCUGGGCGAUUUUAAAAUAAGCCUCUAAUUUUCUGGAAAUUCUGGAAAAAUUCUGGAAAAAAAAGUGUGAACUCUUCUACUAAAUAAUAGAUUUUUCAGCCUCUGUAGCAGAUAGAAAUGAAAUUCAAAAAGUAUUUGAGAGCUUAUACAAAAUACUACAAAACGACGUAAACGCUUUCCAGGCAUCAAUGGGUUAAAGUGGACACCGUCUAAACAAGGUCUUCUGUUUUCAUUCAUACAAUUAACUAUCUGUUCUUAAAGGGCCAGUUUACAAAUUUCAAGUUAAAAAACAAAUUCUUACCUGUAGUUGCAUCCCACCACACAUAUUUGAAACUGUUUAAGUUUGGCUGUGUCAGGUGUUUUCUUUUGAAACUACUUUCUAACAGAGAAUGAGUCACUGAUGAGUGUGUUCUGAGGAAUGUUAAAGAUUUUCUGGAGUGACAAAAUAUCAUUUUUCAAUGCUGAGCACUAAUUUGUAAGGUGGAAUGUACAGUAAGCAUCAGGGUUUAUUUCGCCAUGGUAACCUGUUCGCUGUACAUUAUCUCGCUUAUUACAUGGCUACUUAUUAAAGAAAUUAAUAAUUUGACACAAAAUAUUGAUGUGACAUUAUUUUAUUGAUUUAGGAAAAAUGUCUGCUGCCACAAUGCAAAAAUAUAGAAUUUUUUUAUUUUGAUAAAUGGCUUUGUUGAAUACCUAAUUCUGAUUGGUCAAUUUUGGCAUUUGUGCUACAAAUAAAAGUUGAUUUUUAAAAUAUUUUUUUUUUUGUAUUUUCCUUUAGCCUAAAGCACUAAAAUUAUUUUCAAAUCAAUAUAUUUUUUGUCAAUGUUUUGGUUAGUUUUCUUUAGUAAAUAGCCAUGUUAAAGCUUGAUAAUGUACAGCGAGCGGCUCAUUGCAAAAUAAACCUUGGCGCUUGCUGUAAAAUGUCCUCUAUGUUGUGACAGCAUAAAUCUCAGAGAUAAAUAUCACAAAUCUUGGCCUGUUAGACUUCAAACUACCUGCUUAAUACCACUAGAGGUAAGUAGGGUGAUUGUUUUCUUUUAUUUUUAUUUUUUCAGUUUUGGUGAACCCAGGAAACACAGACCAAAGCUCCGAUAUCAGUUAGCAACUUAACUAAAAACCCUCAACUGUUCAAGAUGAAUUUGAAAAGGGGAAAAACAAAUAUUGUAGAAUGAUCCUUUAACUUAGUGCGAGUGCUGAUGGUGGUUAUACUUAUUUUCUAUGUGAUCUGAUCAACCCGAGGUCCCUUUAUAUGUGUAUUUUCUAGUCCAAAGUUGAGGGAAGGUGGCUGGUUUUUGCAGGUACAUGCCUCAUGAUGCCAACUCUCUUCUACUUGGACCUCUCUACCACCUUUUACAGUAAAGGGACUGUGUACAACAAGACCAAUUUGAUCAUUUUGUUGUCAAUGUUUUGAUCAGGAUCUGUUAAUAAAUGCAACAUGCUUUA